AUGACCGUCUCGACGACAUUCGUCCUGGGCGCGAAGGACACUUACUUCUUCAACACCCCCACUCACUGGGCGCAUCACAACCUUCCGGGGGAUAUCAAUGCUCUCUUCACCAAAACACCGCCCAUACGCGACGUGAUUGAACUCGCUCUUGGCGUGGAUGGCGCCUACUUUGUCAGCUACCGCGACCACGACGGCGGGGUUCUAUGCAAGCACUACAACCUCCCCAACCCGCUCGUCGAGUACCUCUACGCGUCGCAUCCGGGCGUGAUUCGUGAUUUGUCUACGCUCAGUAUCACGCUGGGGCCCUACGAGUCGUACUAUGCUUGGGACAGGACCUCGGCGUCUUGGAGCAACGUCCCAGCGGGUCUCGAGAAGUCGUUGCUCAACCGGCUGGAGAGUCAGGAUGCGUGGCGGACCACUUGGAAGGCGGAUGGGUAUGAAGCGCCUUGUUUUGCUGUGCACUUGAUGCCGCCCCAGGCAAACGCCUACGUCCUCAUCCUCACCAACGGCAAGACGUUUUCCAACCUGCCCGAGCACACGUGGGCAGACUACGCCAAGAUGGCAGAUAAGCUGCCCGCGUUCGUCCAGCAAAUGGCGCCGUUGCCGCCGAUGCCCCAGCAGCGUGUGGUCCCGCAGCCACUUCCCCAGCCCCAGCCCCAGCCGUUUCAAACCUUGCCUCCGAAUUACAAGACAAGUCAGCGCGGUCAGGCGGGCUGCUGUCCGUCCAUGAAUUCAAAUGUGCCGCACACGUGCUGUCCGCCGGCUCCAAUGAUAGCGCGGCCGUGGCCGUUGCCGCCUAUCAACGCGCCCCACAGUUGA